UUUACCUUGUCAGCUCAGGGAUUUGAUCUAGCAACCUUUCGGUUACUGGCCUAACGCUCUAACCAAUAGGCUACCUGCCGCCCUCAAAUGUAUCUGGGGACAUUAUCUGUUUUUGACAUUUCAUUGAAUGAUUUACUUACUUGCAUGACUGUCAAUUGUUUUUCUCCUCAAAAACAGUUUCAUAGCUUUCAGUCAGUGAUUUGGGUAACAAAACUGUCCUUCCAAAGAACAUUGGCCAUAUCAAAUGCCGAGGGAAAUGUUGGAAACAUUCUUUAUGAUGUAUCUUUAAGCUCUCAAUAUAAAUGACUGAUACAAUAAAAUGUAAUGCUAUGACAAAUGUACCCUAAAAUAUGAAUCAUUAGACAAAUAACCUGCUGUUUUACAUCCAUCUCAUGAGCUAGGUGGAGACUGGCGCCAAAGCCUCUUCCCUCCUUGGCAGUUCUGCACUCCUUUUUGUUUUUAACUGCAAUACAUUGGAAACAUGAUGAUUUAUCACAAUUUAUGCCACGCUGUUUGAGCUGGGAUAUUUCACAACACAUCAAACACACAUAUCUUACAAAGAUCUAAAAAUAUGCCAGGAUAGGUCUAGACAACGAUAACAAAUAAUACAUUUUCAGCCAAUGCAUAGACGUCCAUACAAACCAAUGCGUUCCAUUAGAUCAGAAUGCUAACAGAACUCCGGGAAAUAUCAGAAAGUUGACGCAGUUCUUUGAAACACCAUGGCCAUCUUCUGGUUCUGGAGGUGAAUAUCAUUUAAAGAAAACAAACUGUUUAAACUAGAUAAAGAUAAGCAUCCUGAACAUACUUAGAUUAACAGCGAGAUGUAUGUUUAGCAGGUUGGCAGAGGCUAAUCGUUUAAAAAUGUUGGCCAGUUGAUAUCCGGGACAGUCUGGUGAGUGUCAGUGUGUGUUGUUAUGACAGGGGCACUAACGUAGACGCUGGUCUGAACCCUCCUACUAUUAUUCCCCCUUUCAGCCCUGGGCCUAGUAGAGAGGAGAGAGAGAGGAGAGAGAACUCUCAUCACCAGAUCUUCAGGAUGGAUAAAACGUGGACAACUGUGCCACCGUGUGUAUCGUGGAAGAGGCCGUAGAACAGACCCUGGCGAAACCUGACUCCUGUGGUGGGGGGGUGUGCUCGGGGCGAUGCGGUGCCCCACCCUGCUGGCCCUGCUGGCAGGGGUCAUGCUAUACCUGGUGAUAGGGGCGCUGGUGUUCCGGACCCUGGAAAGCCCCCAGGAGAGCAAGGAGCACGAGAAGCUGCUCCGUACCACACGUGACUUCCUCCAAAACCACUCCUGUGUCACCGCACAGAACCUCAGCGAUCUCAUCAUGAGUGUGGUGAAGGCAGUGGAGGCGGGCCUGGAUGUCAAACACAGCUCCACCAACUUCACUAGCAGGUGGGACCUGGCCAGCGCCUUCUUCUUCUGCGGUACCAUCAUCACCACCAUCGGGUUUGGCAACCUGUCUCCCAGGACCAAAUGGGGCCAGCUGUUCUGCGUGUGUUAUGCCCUGGUAGGGAUCCCUAUGUUUGGUUUCCUGCUGGCUGGUGUCGGGGACCACAUGGGGACGGGGCUGAGGAAGGCCGUGUGGAAGAUGGAGACACUCUUCCUGAAGCGGCGGGUCAGUCCCACUUAUGUGCGGGUCAUGUCUGCUGUUCUGUCCAUCCUGAUUGGCUGUCUGAUCUUCCUCGCCGUGCCAACGCUGGUGUUUAAGGAAGUGGAGGACUGGUCCUUUCUGGAGGCGCUCUACUUUGUGGUCAUCACCCUGACCACGGUCGGCUUCGGAGACUAUGUAGCAGGUGCUAACCGGCGGGACGGAGAUCUGUUUAAGCCCCUGGUGUGGCUCUGGAUAGUGUUUGGCCUGGCUUACUUUGCUUCCAUACUCACCAUGAUCGGGAACUGGCUGCGGGUUCUGUCCAAGAAAACACGUGCUGAGAUGGAGGAGUUGAGGGCCCAUGCUACAGACUGGACACAGAACAUCCAGAACAUGUCCAUGGACUUCCGGAUCCCCAACCCUCUGGAACUCAACGACCCCUUCCUGCUGCAGCGGCGCCGCUGGAGACGCAGCACCCGGCAACGGGUCCGCAGGGGGGCGCUGGGGCACCGUGGCAGGCAGGGCGCCACAGGGGAGAACGGAUAUCUGCCCAAUAGGUGGGUCACACGCUCCAUGACCCGUCUGGAGGUCGUGAGGUUAGGGGGGGGUGAGGUUAGGACUGAAGGGGUGAGGUUAGGACCAGGGAUGGGGCUAGGGGUAGGUUUGAGGGCAGAUUGCAGGGUCAAUGCGAGGUCAGAGGGGCGGACGGUUGCGAGGUCACUGUCAAUGCCUUCGGCGCGCUCCGUGAUGGAGUUAGACUAUGACCCUGAUCCUGUUGCGAUAAUGAUGAUGCCAUGGGAGUCGGGCUCUGUGUCCGAGUCUCCAGAGUCUGACUCCAGAUCAGUUGUCUCCUCCUCUGACUCUCACACCUCUGACAUGUGUAUGCCAGUGCGGAGGAUGCCUUUUGCUAGUUUUGACCCCAGUGGGUCUCUCUGUACUGAACAGAGGGGACGCCAUGGAGGAUCCAGGCUGGUAUAUUUCAGGGAGGACGUCCGGUUCCCUGUGCCUCUCCAUCAACUCCCCAAGUCACCCAACUCCACCAUGCCGCUCCCCAUGCCGCUCCCCAUGCCCCCUUUGCCCACCCCGCCAGGCUGCAAGAUGCUAGAUUUCUUCGGGGAGAACUUGGCCUACAUCGACGAGUCGUCGGACACGCUAAGUGACCGGAACCAGACGGUUGAGGGAGGUGUCAGUCCUCGUACCCGGAUACACCGCAUGAGGAGGCAGCUGAAGGAGAGGAGGGACAGCGACAUGCAGCCCCCCUCUAACCCGCCGACUCCUCCCCCUCUUUCCCAUCUCAGAGACUGACACCGUGACAUGCAGUCCCCUCCUCUAACCCCCCCACCCCUCCCCCAUCUCAGAGACUGACACCGUGACAUGCAGUCCCCUCCUUUAACCCCCCCACCCCUCCCCCAUCUCAGAGACUGACACCGUGACAUGCAGUCCCCUCCACUAACCCCCCACCCCUCCCCCAUCUCAGAGGCUGACACCGUGACAUGCAGUCCCCUCCACUGACACCCCACCCCUCCCCCAUCUCAGAGACUGACACCGUGACAUGCAGUCCCCUCCACUA